GUGUGUGUGUGUGUGUGUGUGUGUUAUGUGAAGCCUCCCCCCCCCCUUCCUCCGGCUAAGGGUGCAGGGUUGCGGUGUGUUCGACAGUGUGUGGCUCCACUCUGCACUGAAUGAACCACGGCAGGCUUCCCACAGCCCACGCAAGAGGCUCCGCGGCGCCACGGCAGAGAGGAUGCCCUGCUGAGUCAAGGGAUAGGUCCGGGAAAGUCGGCCGGCCGUUCCCUUGCUACCUUUCCUACCUACCCUCUUUACGUUAGUCAUCCCUGCAGCAGCAAGCGGCACCCUCCUUCCUUCCACCGGGAAGCGAGAGAAGAAGACGACUUCCACUAACCCGCACCUUGAAGAUUCCGUGUUUUGUUUCCGUGCGUGGAGCUUUGUCCAUGCCGAGCGUGGAUUGUAUGGAACAAGGCCGUUGCACUGACCUGCUAGCAGUUAGCACGGAGGCUAACUAGCAAGCUAUACCUGCUAGCCGUCAUCUUUUCACACGUAGACUCGUCGGAUAACAAGUUUGACUUUUUAUUCCCGCCACACUUUUCUUCCUUUUUGAAAGUGUUUUUUUAAGCUGAAACGAGCCAAGUUUAUUGUUUCCAUGUACGAAACGUGCCACACCAUUUUUACACCGGUAAAAUAAGCUAGCAGCUGCCUGACCUAGCAACCCAUUCACUGCACUUCGAAACUUGACUUUUUUGUUGGUUAGUUUUUUAAUGCAGUUCGAUCCGCAUUUAGCACACCGGGUGGUUAUAUUCGCUGGGGAGUCAAAGCGGCUGAAUGAAAACAAAGGAAGCGAGUGAACAUUUCAAGCUAGCUUUGCCUGUUGAUGCCCUGCAAGUUGGACUGCAGCCCUUUUGCUUUAUUGGGAAUAAGACAGCGGCGUCUGAGCUGAAGCAACCAAGUAGAAGAAGAAGAAGGGAACGUCGCCGAUCCGGUGUAGUUGUGACGCCGCAUUCCCCCAUGAACAUACAGAGGUCACAUCCUAUUAACAUUUCACGUCAUGGGAGAUCGCGGCACAAAUCGCACGACUUUGAAGACUUGUCUUGCUUGAGGACCGCGAGCGAGUCCCACCACAGCUUCAGCCCCAACCUCGGCUCUCCCAGCCCGCCGGAGACCCCGGACUCGUCGCACUGCAUCUCCCGCAUCGGGGACUACCUCCUGCUGGAGCCCCUGGAGGGGGACCACGUCUUCAGAGCCGCACACCUGCACAGCGGGGAAGAACUCGUCUGCAAGGUGUUUGACAUCGGUCGCUACCAGGAGUCGCUGGCGGCAUACUUCACCCUGGGCCACCACCAGCACAUCAACCAGAUCCUGGAGAUCCUGCUGGGCGAGACGCGAGCCUACGUGUUCUUCGAGCGGAGCCAUGGCGACAUGCACUCCUUCGUGCGCACCUGCAAGAAGCUGCGGGAGGACGAGGCCGCCCGGCUCUUCUACCAGAUAGCCUCGGCCGUGGCGCACUGCCACGACAACGGACUCGUCCUCCGCGACCUCAAGCUGAGGAAGUUUGUCUUCAAGAAUGAAAGCAGAAGCGUGGUGAAGCUGGAGAGCCUGGAGGACACGUACAUCCUGGACGGCCGCGAUGAUUCGCUGUCGGACAAACACGGCUGCCCGGCCUACGUCAGCCCCGAGAUCCUCAACGCCGGCGGCAGCUACUCAGGCAAGGCGGCCGAUGUGUGGAGCCUGGGCGUCAUGCUCUACACCAUCCUGGUGGGGCGCUACCCCUUCCAUGACGUGGAGCCGGGCUCCCUCUUCAGCAAGAUCCGCCGGGGCCACUUCAACGUCCCCGACACACUCACCCCCAAGGCCAAGUGCCUGAUCCGCUCCAUCCUCCGCCGCGAGCCCGCCGAGCGCCUCACCUCCCGCGAGAUCCUGGAGCACCCCUGGUUCGCCGCCACCAGUGGGGCCCCAGGGGGCGGCGCCACACACGGCCGAGGGGAGCGCGAGCAGGAGCAGCUGGUCCCCGAGGUGAGCAUGGAGGAGGAGGAGGUGGAGUUGUUCAGCUGAGCACACGACAAGCACAACCGGACCAGCAGCUCCUCCACCACGGGGACGGGGGGUGGGGGGAGGCGGGGGGUGGGGAAGGGUGGGUGCUCGCCACGGAGCCCCAGUAGUUUAGCGAGGGUUUGUCGUCACUAUGAGGUGUUUCCAUCUUUGCUUCUUCACCAUUUCCAUGGAAACCUUGAAGCAUGACAAACGCCAUCGUGACCCCACGCGGCCCCCGGGACGCCGCCACCAAAAAUGUAGCAAAAUGUACUUUUUUUUUUUUUGGUUUGAUGUGGUGCUCGUCACGGUAGACACAGCCCUCAUUUUCACACUACGGCAAGCAUGAAGGGACAUACGAGCACGGCCAAGCCACGCCCCCUGUUUUCUUAGCCUGCCCAUAGAAAACCAAACCCCCCCCCCAGCUUUUUAUUGAAAGAACAUGUAUAUCUAUAUUGAUAGGAAUAUAUCCAAAUCUAUAUUUCAAAGUACAUUGCAGGGUUUUAGUCCCACCUUUCACCGUGGAAGACGUCGACACAGGACAGGAUCUCUGUCUCAAGCCCCGCCCCUCCACUCAUUUUCUGUGCCAGUAUUCCCGCCCAUAUCAACAGUAUUGCUCCGCCCCCGCCAUCGUGCUCGGAUGUUACUUGAAUUUUUAUUUUAUUUUUUCCAAUAACCUCAUCAGCAUGCACCCCCAUCAAUGCUAUAGCUUGCCUAGCGAGGGGGGGGGGGGGGGUGGACGUGGGAGGGUGGGGGGCGGUCUGCUUGUUUCUUAAAAGACAAACCAUUUGCUCCCACAGCAAGAAUCCUACUGCUUUUGUUUUCUUUCUAGACGGAGCUUCCUCUUUCUUUAAGUUGGUGCUGAUUUGGUGCUAAUCUGUUCCUUUCAUGGAGGGGGAGGGGGGUGGUGCAUGGUGGGAUAUCUGCCUCAGAUGUUCUGAUUGUAUCGUACAAGAAAAUUCUGGUGUUUUUGUCCAAAUUGAGUAAAUAAAAGUUGUGAACUGCUCGUGGAGCCUGUUUGUCUGUUCCAGGGUCAAACUGUGUCUGUCUUAAAGCCUUCAUUAACUACACGCAAUCUUCCCUACCAAAACACAUGUAAAGUCAUAGAAAAGCUUUAGCUAUGAGAUUAUGAUUACUGCUUGUCCUGUUUGGGUACAUUUGUGCUGCUAAUCUUGCCUUUCGGACUGCACACCUUAUUCAAAUAUAAAUCAUCUGCUCAUGCAGUCUUCAUUUCCAUCGUUUUAAAAUGAGAUUAAAGUGCAGAAGCACUGGAUUCUAUCUGGAUUAUUUCUCUUGGCAUGCAUGUAUCUGAACGUGGAAAAUGAGAAGUCACGCAAGAUGAACAAGUGAUUGUGGACAUUGGACAGAUGAAGCUAGGGUUGGAUCUAUUUGACUGUUUUGAUUCCAUGAAACAUGUCAGAUUAAAAGUGCAUCUGCACCUCUAUCCAGAUCUGCACCAAAACUCCUAGCGGUCUUCCUUGGCCUAGCCCCGCCCCUCCACAAGGUUGCA